ACAUUUUUUGGCCAGGACGCUGUCUAUCUGUCCCUGCAGCGCACGUGGACUCUCUCUCUCUCUCUCUCACACACACACACACACACACACACACACACACACACACACACACACACACACACACACAGAGAGAGUUUUCCACGCAUCAGCUCGACCAGCGCGCAUCCCUCCAUCCUUCAGUCCGGUUCAGCUCCCAGCAGCGGCGCAUCAUGCCUCGAGCCGCGAGCCUCCUCCCCGUUAUCUUCCUGCUCCUGUCCCGCAGCGGCGACGCGGACCGCAAACUCCUGGUGUUUCUCAUCGACGGCUUCCGCUAUGACUAUAUGGACGACUUACAAAACUUGGCCGGAUUUAGAGACAUCGUGGAAAACGGCGUUCAAGUGGAUUACCUGACUCCAGAUUUCCCCAGUCUGUCCUAUCCCAACUACUACUCUCUAAUGACAGGACGCAACUGCGAGGUGCACCAGAUGACUGGAAAUUAUAUGUGGGAUAAAGACACCAUGAAAGAGUUCCUGAUUGGAACUAAUGCGGACAGCCGUCUGCCCAUGUGGUGGGACGGGUCAGAGCCGCUGUGGGUCACCAUGCAGAAACUAGGGAAGAGAGUCUACAUGUACUACUGGCCAGGCUGUGAAGUGACGAUUCUUGGAGUCAGACCUACAUUCUGUGAGGAAUAUGUGUACAACCCUUCAGAGAAGAACCUGGUCGACUCCAUGGAGAGCGCUCUGAAUAUGUUAAAAAGCGAUAAAGCAGACAUGGCCGGUAUUUAUUAUGAGAAGAUUGAUGUGGAAGGACAUCACUUUGGGCCUCAUUCUCCAGAAAUACAGCACGCCAUUCGCUCGCUGGACCAGGCUUUCCAGACCCUCAACCAGAAAAUCAAGGAAAAGAAUAUGAGAGAUGAUAUAAACGUGGUCCUGUUCUCGGAUCACGGCAUGACGGACCUCCAGUGGAUGGAGAAGGUCGUUGAACUGGACAACUACAUCGACAUGACACACGUCAUUAAAAUGAUGGACAGGGGGCCGGUGGUCAGUCUGUGGCCCAAACAGGACAAGUUUGAAGAGAUAUAUCAAAACCUGAGCACAGUGGACAACAUGAAUGUUUAUAAGAAACAAGAGAUCCCAGACCGCUUUCACUACAAGAACGGGAGGUUCGUCUCGACGCUGACGCUGGUUGCGGAGCCAGGAUGGUUCAUCACAGAGAAUAAAGCCAAACUUCCCUUCUGGAAAAACGGCACGGAGGAGGCAGAGGGCUGGCAACACGGAUGGCAUGGUUAUGAUAACGAGUUUAUGGACAUGAGGGGGUUCUUUUUGGCACAGGGACCAGACUUCAAGAGGAACUUCCGCGCCGGUCCUAUUCGAACAGUAGAUGUGUAUAAUGUUUUGUGCAAGACGCUGGGGAUCGAACCCCUGCCCAACAACGGCUCUUGGUCUCGUGUGGAGUGUAUGAUGAGGAGCCCGGCCGGCGCUCUACGGGCCGCUCUGAUCUUCAGCUGUCUGCCGCCGCUGCUGCUGCUGCUGCUGACGCUCUAGUCUCGAGGAUUCCUCUGAAGACAGAUCUCACACCCAUAUUAUAUGCCUUAAGGUGUGCCAUUGUGUCGGAUAUACGCCACGAAAAACAUUCGAUCAGCUUUUUGCUGCACUGCCUCUAUUUUUGAGUUGUAAAUAUCAUUCAUUGCUGAUGAAGUAGAAUAGGGUGACUAUACUACCGUUUUUUUCCCCAGGAGAAAUGGCUGUGGUCACCCUAAAGUAAAAGACAUUAUGUUGGUGUUGGAUGAACCAAUUUGCACAUUUUCACUAAAAGAUUUAUAUUUUAGUAAGACAAGAUCUUUUAUUAUAAACCUUUCUCCAUGUUCUCCAUCUGUUUUCUGUUGUUUUGUACAUCUAGGCUACUCGGUCUUGAUAACACAGGGCAGUUUUUUUGAUUAUUGUAAAAUGACUAGUUGACUAGUAUCACAUCUCUGUCACGCUGUAUACUGUUUUGAAUGUAAUGCAUUAUUUUAUUAUAUUGUUAUUAUUUGUUUAAUUUCUACUGUAGAUUAAAUAACUAUAGAUUUUUCAUCUCUUUAGUACAGGGUUUGUGCUAAUUUCUUUAUCAAUAAAACAAAUGUAUUUCCUCAAUAAAAACAAGGCUGUUUCUUCUAAACCUUUCAAAAUAACUUUUUUUUUUAAAAUUUUGUAACUACAUUUGUUCAUCCACACUAUCGUAUUUAAAUAAUUAAAAUCAUAUAUUAUUA